AAAGAAGACGUGAGGAGGAAACACAUCCGUCUGCACAUGGAAGGGGCACUGACUGCCCGGGACAAGGUCGGGGUUCAGGAUUUUGUGCUAUUAGACGCGUACACCAGCGAAUCUGCCUUUGUCGACAACCUCCGCAAGCGUUUCAGCGAGAACCUCAUAUACACAUAUAUUGGCACCCUCCUUGUGUCCGUGAAUCCAUACCAGGAGCUCGGAAUCUACACUGUGAGCCAGAUGGAACUUUAUCAAGGGGUCAAUUUCUUUGAACUGCCACCACAUGUCUACGCUAUAGCCGACAAUGCUUACCGAAUGAUGUGCUCUGAACUAAAUAACCAUCUCAUCCUCAUUUCUGGAGAGAGUGGGGCAGGGAAAACAGAGGCCUCCAAGAAAAUUCUCCAGUAUUUUGCAGUGACCUGCCCAAUGACCCAGUCACUACAAAUAGCCCGUGACAGACUGCUGCUCUCCAACCCAGUGCUGGAGGCUUUUGGAAAUGCCAGAACGCUCCGGAAUGACAACUCCAGCAGAUUUGGGAAAUACAUGGAUAUACAAUUUGAUUUUCAGGGCAUCCCCGUAGGUGGGCAUAUCAUCAGUUACUUGAUAGAGAAGUCCCGAGUUGUGUAUCAAAACGAAGGCGAGCGGAAUUUCCACAUCUUCUACCAGCUGCUGGCAGGUGGCGAAGAGGAGCGCCUGGCUUACCUGGGACUCGAGCGAGACCCCCAGCUGUAUAAAUACCUCUCACAGGGUCAUUGUGCCAAAGAGUCAUCCAUUAAUGACAAGAAUGACUGGACAACUGUUUCCAAUGCCUUUUCUGUCAUUGAUUUUACUGAAGCUGACCUCGAGAAUCUCUUUGGAAUUAUUGCCAGCGUCUUACACCUGGGGAACGUUGGUUUUGAAGAAGAUGACCAAGGCUGUGCCACUAUCCCAGACACCCACGAGAUCAAGUGGAUAGCCAAGCUCCUGGGGGUCCACCCAUCAGUCCUUCUGGAAGCUCUCACCCACAGAAAAAUUGAAGCCAAAACUGAGGAGGUGAUCUGCCCACUGACACUAGAACUCUCCGUCUAUGCUAGAGAUGCAAUGGCGAAGGCUGUUUAUGGACGAACGUUUACUUGGCUGGUCAACAAAAUCAAUUCCUCCUUAGUUAACAAGGAUUUCACCAGGAAAACUGUAAUUGGAUUACUGGACAUCUAUGGGUUUGAAGUCUUUGACAAGAAUGGUUUUGAACAGUUCUGUAUAAAUUACUGCAAUGAGAAACUCCAGCAACUGUUAAUUGAGAGGACUCUAAAAGCAGAACAGGCAGAAUAUGAAAUGGAAGGCAUAGAGUGGGAGCCAAUUAAAUAUUUCAACAACAAGAUCAUCUGUGAUUUGGUAGAAGAGAGACAUAAAGGAAUCAUAUCCAUUCUGGAUGAAGAAUGCAUUCGGCCUGGUCCUGCUACAGACUUGAGUUUCCUGGAGAAAUUGGAAGAGAAAGUGGGCAAACAUGCACACUUCGAAACCCGUAAGCUGGCUGGUCCAAAGGGCCGAAAGAGGAUUGGUUGGAUGGAGUUCCGACUCCUCCACUAUGCAGGAGAGGUCACAUACUGCACCAAGGGAUUCUUGGAAAAAAACAAUGAUCUUCUUUACAGACAUCUGAAAGAAGUGCUGUGCAAGUCCAAGAACGUUAUCCUGAGGGAAUGCUUCCUGCUGGCCGAGUUAGAAAACCGGAGGAGGCCCCCAACAGUGGGGACUCAGUUUAAAAACAGUCUGAGCAGCCUUCUAGAAAUCCUCAUCUCUAAGGAGCCCUCCUACAUCCGUUGCAUCAAGCCCAAUGACAGGAAAGAACCCAGCAAAUUUGAUGACUUCCUCGUAAGGCAUCAGAUCAAAUACCUGGGGCUGAUGGAGCACCUGCGGGUGAGACGGGCCGGCUUUGCAUACCGGAGGAAAUAUGAGCAUUUCUUGCAAAGGUACAAGUCCUUAUGCCCAGACACCUGGCCGCACUGGCACGGGCCUCCAGCAGAGGGCGUGGAACGGCUGAUCAAGUACAUCGGCUACAAACCCGAGGAAUACAAGUUAGGCAAAACCAAAAUAUUCAUUCGUUUCCCCAGAACUCUGUUUGCUACCGAAGAUGCCUUUGAAUUUAGUAAACAUCAACUAGUUGCAAGAAUCCAAGCCACAUAUAAACGCUUCCUAGGAAGGAGAGAAUACGUGAAAAAAAGACAAGCAGCCAUCAAACUGGAAGCCCACUGGCGUGGGGCCCUGGCUCGGAAGGCAAUCCAAAGGAGAAAGUGGGCCGUGCGGAUUAUCAGAAAGUUCAUUAAAGGAUUCAUCAGUCGCAACAAACCCCUCUGUCCUGACAACGAGGAAUUCAUCGUGUUUGUGCGGAAGAAUUACAUCUUAAAUCUCCGGUAUCACCUUCCAAAGACUGUCCUGGACAAGAGCUGGCUGAGGCCUCCUGGCAUCUUGGAAAAUGCAUCAGAUCUGCUCAGGAAAAUGUGUGUGAGGAACCUGGUCCAGAAGUACUGCCGGGGGAUCACAGCUGAGCGGAAAGCGAUGAUGCAGCAAAAGGUAGUUACAAGUGAAAUCUUCAGGGGAAGGAAAGAUGGCUACACAGAAAGUUUAAAUCAACCCUUUGUCAACAGUCGGAUAGAUGAAGGAGACAUUAAUCCGAAAGUGCUUCAGCUAAUUAGCCAUGAGAAAAUCCAGUAUGGUGUCCCGGUCAUUAAAUAUGACAGAAAAGGCUUCAAGGCACGGCAGCGGCAACUCAUUCUUACUCAGAAAGCAGCUUACGUGGUGGAACUUGCCAAAAUCAAGCAGAAAAUAGAGUACUCAGCUCUCAAAGGUGUCUCCACUAGCAAUCUGAGUGAUGGAAUCUUAGUCAUUCAUGUUUCACCAGAGGACAGCAAGCAAAAGGGGGAUGCCGUUUUGCAGUGUGGACACGUGUUUGAAGCAGUUACUAAACUCGUCAUGCUUGUUAAGAAGGAGAACAUUGUCAAUGUUGUUCAAGGAAGUUUACAGUUUUUUAUUAGUCCGGGAAAAGAAGGCACAAUAGUUUUCGACAUUGGACCGGAAGAGCAAGUCUAUAAAAAUAAAAAUGGACAAUUAACAGUGGUGUCAGUCCGGAGCAAGUCCUGAUAGAGGAUGACAUCUAACCUCUACCAUCGCCAUUUUUGCUCCAACCGAGGAAAUUACAGGGGAAGUGGGGAUUGGAUCCAGUCAGCUACCUCUUCAAGGAACCAGACCUGCAGCACUAACAAACAGAUCACAUCUGAAGAAACUGAGGGGCGUUAGGCCAAAGCCUAAUCCCAGCUUCUCAGCUGCCCCAUGGCACCUUAUUAAAAUGUCACCUUCUGGAAGCAGACCCCAGGUCACCCAAAGGCGUAAUUCUAAACACCCUCGACAGGCUCUAUGUUCAAUGCGCACUCCAACGUGUCAUUAGAGGGUGGGAAAGAUUCUCUACCUCUGUCAAGCUGCCCUGAGACAUGAUGAAAUACUGUGUACAGCAAGUUCUCAAGUAACAUUUCAUUAUAUGCUGAUAAGACAUCUGAUUCCUGGGCAGGGCCACUGUCUGGGUGGAGUCUGUAUGUUCUCCCCAUUGUCUCUGGGAUUCUUCUGAGUGCUCUGGUUUCCUCCCACGUCCCCAGCGUGUGUGUAUCAGGUGCACUGGUGUGUCUAUGCGGUCCCAGUCUGAGUGAGUGUGGGUGCAUGAGCCCCGUGAGAGGAGGACAUCCUGUCCAGGGUGGGUCCCGCCUGGUGCCCUGACCUGCUAGGAUUGGGUUCUGGCCAUCUGCAACCCUGAACAUGCAGGUUGGAGAACGAAUGAAUACAAAUUUUAUUGUAAAAUAAAAAUGUAUAUAAAGCAUAAGAGCACACAAAUGGACAAUAAAUGCCACAGCGCAAAA